AUGGAAUAUCUUAAAAUGGGAAUCGAAAAACAAUACAAACACGUAUCUAUAGAAAAACUAAAAAAUGAAAAUUUUAAUUUAAAAAUGUGUACUUUAACAUAUAUGACAAGUCCAAACCCACGAGAACUUAGCUCAAACAGAUAUGAAAAUAAAAACAUGUAUGUCCGGCAUCAUGCUCAAGAGUCCUCUUCCGACGGUUGCUUGUCUCCACGAGUGUCAACUCCAGACAGCCACUACGCAUUGACGGUUUCCAGCCCAUUGUCCACAGCUUCCGAUCCAGGAAUGUCGUCCCAACCGUACACCCCUAACUACUACCGGCAAGAGUGGGGUGGCAGCAGGGGGUACUACGGAGAGAACAACAACAUCUACAAUAAGUACGACUACAAAUACAAGUCCCAAGGAACGGAUAAUCCCAUGAGCAGCUACGGUAGACAGGACUACUAUAAUGACAGUAAGUACAAAAAAGAUACUAAUCCUAGAAGAACUAACAGUCAGCCCCAGACCGGGGUAGAAGUGAUGAAAAAACGUAGACUAGCUGCAAAUGCCAGAGAGAGAAGGAGAAUGAAUAGUUUAAAUGACGCUUUUGAUAGGUUAAGGGAUGUCGUUCCCUCUCUGGGGAACGAUAGAAAAUUGUCAAAGUUCGAAACGCUGCAAAUGGCUCAGACCUACAUUGCGGCGUUACACGAACUAUUGCAAAGAGACUAG